UGCCCUAGCGCGAGCGGCGGAGAUCGAGAUCUAGGGCAGCUUUGUCGGCGGGGAGAACCCGUGGAGGCUCUAUAUAGUUUGGACCUGACGUGGCCAGAUCCUGAUUGCUACGCCUGCUACAGCAGCAAGGAGAAAAACGAUACUUACGGCAGUUUUUGUAGCUAGAGCAGGAGAGUUACAGUGCGUUAUUUUCGACGCCGGGCGUGGAUGUGAGUGUGAGCUAGCUAGUUGUGGUUGCAGGCGUGUUGGAGAGGACCGAGUGCAUUGUGUGAACAUUUCGUGUUGUCGCUGAGGAGGUGUUAUGGCGGGAAGUGCUCGCUGGGCGGUAGUAGGACUGGCGUGUCUGCUUGUCUUGUUGGGCCUCACUCCCUCGGCCGUGGAGGCGAUAUUGCUGGAAGUAGAUUACCCGGAGGAUGACAACUACAGCCGUGUCACUCUGACCUGCAAGAAGAGUUCUCUGGACGGCCUUGAUUCCAACCAACAACCAGCCACGUUCUGGCGAGGAACGUCGCCAAUCACCUCUGGAUCUCAACUGGUGGUGGCGGUAACGGAUAGUACGGAUGAUAUCAUCACGUUCGUCUUCAACCAGUCCCAAGAGGGAAGUUUCACCUGCAGGACCGCUCUCGAUGAAGCCUCGACUAAUGUGGAAAAACUUGCAGCCUCGCCACCAGCCACCUACAAUACACCAAUGAUGCCCCAGUACAUUCUGUUUCCCUCACUCGAGAGCACUCGAAAAGUCAACCUCUCCUGUGCAAUUCAGCCUGGAGCUCUAACAGAAAACUACCGUGUAGAGUGGCGUAGAGUAGACCAACUCCCAUUACUUACAAUGAAGAUACGUUCAAUAUAACAGUGACUGAAACGACGAGAUGUCAUCAACUCCUUCUGAGUACCAGUGUACUGUUACCAUCGAUCACAGCAGCAUCAUGGAUGAUGAGAAUUACACACCACCUAAAUUUUUGUUGAAAAGAGAGUACUGUCCACCCUGAGUGGUGAGAUUGGAGAUGUAUCAGUAGCUGCUGGAGAACAGGCUACCUUUGUCUGCAACGCUCUGAAAGGAGACACCCCCUUUUCAAUCAGUUGGAAGGUUGACGGAGAGACGUUCACCUGUGGUGGAAACCGACUCAAGCUCGGAAAACAUUCGCUGCUACAUGAAAAAUGAAACUGCCGGUGUGCUCCAAAUAGAAAACACCACGGCUUUGGAUGUUAAGAGCCACAGUGUAGAGUGUAUUCUAGAGAACGUCAUUCCGGAAGAGUUUCUGGGAGAUUGUGACUUGCUCCCUCGGGGUUCUUGUGAUGAUGUCACCAAGAGUGCUCCAGAGAUAGAACGGACCACCCAUGUACUA